ACGAGACUGAAGCUGCUGGGGAAGUUCAGAGCUGGGUGACCUCCAACGGAUUAAAAUACCACAGGAAUGUGCAACCUGGGAAAUGUUAUUGCAAUCUAAUUAACUUCAGCAAGUGUAUUCUGGACUGAACUUGCCAGGCCUCCUUUUCUGUGCAAGCAUCUCUCCUGCUGGUGACGAGGUUUCUUAGCAAGACCAGACGGAGCUCAGCCUUCCAUCAUGCCCGUGCCUCCCCCUCCAGCUCCCCCUCCCCCCCCAACUCUGGCCUUGGCAAAUACUGAAAAGCCAUCCCUAAGCAGGUCAGAACAAGCAGGGCGAAAUGCUCUAUUAUCUGAUAUUACCAAAGGAAAAAAGCUAAAGAAGACUGUUACUAAUGACAGAAGUGCUCCGAUUCUAGACAAACCCAAAGGACCUGGUGGAGGUGGCGGUGGUGGCUUUGGAGGAGGCGGCGGUGGCAGCGGCGGCGGGGGUUUUGGUGGUGCCGGUGGUGGCAGCUUCGGUGGUGGAGGACCACCUGGCCUUGGAGGCCUUUUUCAAGCAGGAAUGCCAAAGCUCAGAUCUGCUGCGAGUCGAGAUGCCGAUGCCGGGGGAGGCCGCCCGCCCGCCCUGCCGCCCGGAGGCCGUCCGCUCCCUCCACCUCCUCCCAUAAGCAGGAAUGGAAGCACUUCACGGGCUUUGCCCGCUGCUCCCCAGCUGCCCUCCCGGGCAGGGCUGGACAACCAGAGAGGUGGACCACGACCACCGCUUCCCCCUGACCGGCCGGGCUCGGCAGCACCGCCGCCACCACCACCACCUUCAUCAGCUGUCAGAAACGGCUUCCAGGAUCCAGGUGAUGAUGAAUGGGAAAGCAGAUUUUCUUUUCAUCCGAUAUCUGAUUUGCCACCUCCAGAGCCAUAUGUACCUGUGAACAGGAGUUAUCCCAGUAAACUAGCAAGAAAUGAAAGUAGAGGUGGCUCUGGCCGAAAAGAAAGAGGUGCCCCACCGCUUCCGCCUAUACCAAGGUGAAAUGGGUUCUGGCCCAUCCUUGGGCGAUGUCUGUUUUCCAGUUUCCUUCGAGUCAGCUCUCCUGUCCACAUCAUUGGAAAGUUGUCUGUUUUGCUUUGUUUCCACUUUUGGCUUGUCAGCUGGAACAAACUUCAGUCUCUAUUACAGAAGUAAUAGAUGCAGCUUAUGAACUAUAGUUGCUCAAAGCUAUAAAUUUUAUUUGCUUAUACUGCAGGCUGUCAUGAAAGGCAUUUUGUGGACCAUGCAUAACAUACGUGCAUCAUGCUUACUGUGUCCAGCCCUGUCUUCUUGAGAGCUCCAUGGGAGGUGUGGCUUUGAAUUUAAUGAGAGCUGGAACAAAGCUGUUUCAUUCACUUUGGGUACAGUGGCUGUAUUAUUUGAAUGAUAAAGUACAAUCUAUUUUCUGUUUAAAAAACAGUUGCUGGAGAAAACCAUGUAGCCAAGAGUCCCCUGGAUCCUUCUUUGCAUGCCUAACUUGGCCCAUCUGCUUCUGCAAGCCACAGACCUACUACAUGGUGACCAAGAGUUCAUCCUAAACCUUUUCACUUCAGCUUAGCCAAGCAAAUCCUAUUUUAAACAAUAGAUAGCACAUCCCGCCCCGAGGAUGGAUUGUGUCUGGCCUUCCUUUUAUCUGCAGAGAGUCUUUCAAAGAAAAGCACAAGUGAAGAAUUCAGCAGCCUAAAAACACCUUCUUUUUUAUCCCUCUUUCCUUGUUUUUUAAUAGUGUUACGCUUUUAGUCACCUAAUUCUUUCCUACUCUGAUGUGGACCAACCCACAGUCAUCUGUGUCCUGGAUUAUUGUAAUGCCGUCUACCUGAGACUACAUGUGAAGAGUCCUCAGAAAGUAGUCUUGGUGAAAUGCAGCAAUUAUUGUAGUUGCAGGCUCCUUCCGUAAAGCAUCACUAACACCAGUGCUCCACAGACUGCUUUCCAGGUGUUUCUUUGGUACAAUUAAAUCAUGGGUUUUGACUUAAAAAUCUUUGCAGGGCUUAGGUCACAAGUCUCAGAGACCGUAUUUGACCUGCGUUACGGUAGAGCAGCUGAGGUAAAAAAUGUGCGUAAGUGAAGGCCCUUUGAAGUAGUGAGGGAGGUCUGGGGUUUGUGCGUUCAAGUGGGAGCAUCAGCUCCAAAAUUUGCUGUCUGCACUGGUUCAAGAGAAAUGGGAAGAUUUGCCCUUCUGAGUUUACCAUGAAGCCUGUCCUUUCAAACUUUGUUGAAAGGAAUCUCUGCAGAGAGCUGCAAGGCUUACAUUAAUAGAAGAGAGAGUAAACUAUUCUAACCUUGUGACGAUUGGUUAAUAUGUUUAAUGGCUUUUGAAUUUUGUAUAUGAGAAAAGAGUUCAUUGUAUGAGUGCAUUUUACAAAUGGAUCUAAAUGCAUAUAAAAUGUCUUUGGAAAUUAGAGGAAGAUUAUAAUUCUGGAUUUGAAAUAUUGCUGAAUGAUAGCUCUUUGUUAAUUGGGCAUCUGAAGGUUAGCUCUGAAAAAUUUCUCCUGUCUCUUCAACAGUUUCUGUUUCUUCAACAUACUCCUUGGGAUCCCUAUAUCAAGCCUGUAUCAGCAGCCAUGCUCAAAAAAAACCCCCACCAAACACCAAACCAAAACAAAAACUAGUCAUGUAGGUUAAGAAAAUGUUUCUCUAGCACGGGAGACAUGAUCCUAAGUACACUCUGCGGCUAGAAUGAA